AUUAGCUGCUUUUGUCAAUGUGGCGGGCUUUUGCGCGAGUACCGAGAGCAUUAGAGUGUGGGUUAGUAACGCUGACGCAGCAAUUUCCUCAUUCCAAAGCGAGAAAUUUCUGCAGAACCUCUUACCUCAGCAAACACAUCCUCCAACCCAUCAUCAUGACCAGUAGUGUGAAGCCAAAAGUUGUGUUUGUUCUAGGUGGCCCUGGUGCGGGCAAGGGCACGCAAUGCUCCAAAAUCGUGAAUCGUUUCCUCUUCACGCACUUGUCCGCGGGUGACCUACUGAGGGAGGAGCGGUCGCGAGAGGGUUCAGAGUUUGGCUCGCUGAUUGAGGAUUACAUACGUAACGGGAAAAUCGUGCCCGUGGAGAUCACGUGUUCGCUGCUGGAAAACGCAAUGAAGAGCUCGGGCAAAUCGCUCUUCCUCAUUGACGGCUUUCCCCGGAACCAGGACAAUCUGGACGGUUGGAACCGUCAGAUGUCCGAUAAAGUGGAUCUGCAAUUCGUUCUCUUCUUCGACUGCGACGAGGAGGUCUGUGUCAAACGCUGUUUGAUCAGGGGUCAGGGCGGCUCCGGACGCUCCGACGACAAUCUGGAGAGUCUCAAGAAGCGCAUCCAGACGUACAACAACGAUUCGAUGCCCAUCAUCAAGUACUUUGACGACGCCGGCCAGGUGAAGAGGAUCGAUGCCAGCCCCGAUGCCGACCAGGUCUUCAGGGAGGUGGAGCGCACCUUUAUGACCAGCGGUUUCUAGAUGGCGGAAUAGCCUCUCCAAGUGAAAUGUUAUCUCUUCAGCUCUUUGUUUAAUUAUUUUGUGUGCGUGUAGCCUUGUCUUAGUUGUAGAAAGUUUGUCCUCCAUUCCAAACUGUCAAAUAUACAUAUAUAUGCUUGUUAUUGAAAUUUAA